AUGGAAGAUUACAAAUAUCUUUUCAAAGUGGUUUUGGUCGGGAAUGCAGGUGUUGGUAAGACGUGCCUUGUUCGAAAGUUUACUCAGGGUAUCUUUCCACCCGGACAAAGUGCUACAAUAGGAGUCGAUUUUAUGAUUAAAACGGUCAAAGUUGGAGAUGAUAAAAUCAAGCUACAAAUCUGGGACACAGCCGGGCAAGAACGGUUUCGAUCAAUCACGCAAAGUUAUUACCGAUCAGCACACGCUAUAGUUUUGGUUUACGAUGUGGCGUGUCAGCCAAGUUUCGAUUGCCUUCCCGAGUGGCUGGCAGAGAUCGAAUCAUACGCGAAUCGAAGGAUUUUGAAAAUUCUUGUCGGCAAUAAAUUGGAUAAAGAAGAGGAACGAGAGGUGCCAGAAAGGAUAGGAAAAGAUUUUAGCGACGUCAACAAUUUUGAUUAUUUUUUGGAGACCUCCGCUUUAGACGCCACAAAUGUCGACAAAUUAUUUGAGCAUGUGGCUGAGCGAUUAACGAACGAUAUGAAAGCUGUGGACCAAAGAUAUCACGCUUACAAGAGGUCACACUUGGCAAUGAGAAUAACGCGGCUGCUCUUGGAAAAUUUUCGCUUUCUGAAGAAUCGGGAUCGAAUAUUUUUUGCAAACAAACGAGAGGCCUUCAAAGAUUUGUACAAAACAACGGGUGGCGCCAUUCUUGUCGUUGCUGGAUUUUUAACUCUCUUGAAGGAAUUCGCUUUUCCGACACCGGACAUGAUCUACGAUUUGCAGAAGUGGGUCUCUCCAGAUUUUGCACUUUACUGCGAACACGGUGAUUUGGCGGAGUACAAUCUCGCUGUAUCUUCGAAUAUAUACGGGACAAAGCUUGAGGCGAAGCGUGAAGAAAUUCGCAAAUUGAAAGCGACACCUGCCGAGUCACGGAUUGGUGGAGCCUAU